ACACAUUUAUUUCACAAAGCUAUCUCACCUUUUGUGUCUCGCGCUGUCGCGUCACCGGCGACUCGGUUUAUGGCCGUUAACGAGCGCGUUAGAGGACAAAAGCUGCGCGAGCCAAUGGGCGGGCGGGUUGUUACGUUGUCCGAUCUCUCCCCAGGACGGAAGGUGGGGCGCUACACUUCUGAGGGGACUGUUAUUGCUCCGUUUGUUGUCCACGUUUCUCGUCAAGAGGAGUGUGCAGGCCAUGAAAAAAAGCGGCUCGUAUUCUUCAGGCAUGACUGAUGUUCGCCCAACAGACGCCAAUGAAAAGAAAGCCUUGUAAUAUGCCGCGUCCCAAACGCAGCAGGCAGGUCGGUGCCAGCAAUGAAUCUGCUCCAGAGCCGGGCUCUGUGCUUGGCUCCAACACCCAAGCCAACUCUGAAACUGCCCCAGAAUCAACCUCACACAUCAGGAACCUGGCUAUGAGGCAGCACAGUCACAAGCUCCUCAAGUUCUUGAAUGAGGACCGGACCAGACGGAGGUUCUGUGAUGUGUCGGUGUCUGUGGGUGGGAAGCUCUACAGCGCCCACAAAGUGGUGCUGGCCCAUGGGAGCAGCUACUUCCACGCCGAGCUGUCCAAGAACCCUGCUACAGCGCACGUGACUCUGGACCACGUGGAGGACUCUGUUUUUCAGCACCUGCUCGGCUUCUUGUACACCUCUGAGUGCGCCGUUGCAGAGACGGACCUCCCAGCUCUCACUGAAGCGGCCCAAUUCCUGGACAUGAUGGAUAUACUAAAGCUGCUGUGUGAAGAAGGGGACAGCAACCCAGUACGUGGGAUCCAGGCACCGGAUGAGAUGAGAGGGUCGCAUGAGGUGGAAGUUACAUCCAGUGACUCGCCGGCAGGUGACACAGAUAUCCAGAGCCCACUUUAUGUUCAGUGCACCACGUGCAGUCGCCAGUUUACCACUGAAAACUCCCUCCAGACCCACGUGGCUGAGAGUCACACGGAUACAAAUCAGGAGUCCUCAACUGAGAAAGAGAAGACGGCAGCUCGGAGUACUGCCACCACGCGGAGAUCAGCCCGCAGGAGGAGGACACCCACCAAAUAUCAGAAGGAUAAUGUGGAGCACCCUAUCAACCCUCCUGAGAAAAGACAAAGGACUGUAUCACCAAGAGAGCAAGAUGACGAAAGAAUGGAAGAAGCAAGAAAGUUGACUGUGGAAAACCGAUUGCCCAAACUGGAGGCGAAUGAGACCUCCGAACCAGCCAGGGGGGAAGAUGUAGCGGACGAGGAGGAAGAGGAUGGAGACAUGAUUGAAGACGGGGUUGAAGACGGGGUUGAAGACGGCGUUGCCCAGAGUAAAGUUGUUGAGGUUUGCGCAGUAGACGAGAGUGUUGGUCAGCAGGUGUUGGGUCCAGAAAGGGAUCCGCACCUGGCUGAUGGAGCGCUGAAGGUGCCAGCAGCAGGAAGCUCCACCCAGAGUCCAGUGUACCCGGAGGGUCUGGCGCCGGUCAUCAUCCAAACCUCCAGCAAGAAAAUUCUCAAGUGCCCCAAAUGUGACAAGACCUUUGACCGAGCAGGGAAGUACGAGAGUCACACCCGAGUGCACACGGGAGAGAAACCAUUCCAGUGUGACGUCUGUCUUCAGCGCUACUCCACCAAGUCCAACCUGACCGUGCACAAGAAGAAGCACGCCAGCGACGCGCCCUUCCAGAAGAAGGAGCACAAAUGCCCCUUCUGCAACAAACUCCACGCCAGCAAGAAAACCCUGGCCAAGCACGUCAGGAGAUUUCAUCCAGACCACAUCCAAGAGUUUCUUACCAAGAGGAAGAGGAAGAGUGAAGGCUGGAAAUGUGCAAUUUGUCUGAAGACCUUCACCCGCAGGCCUCAUCUGCAGGAGCACAUGAUCCUGCACACCCAGGACCGGCCUUUCAAAUGCUCCUUCUGCGACGAAUACUUCAAGUCUCGGUUUGCCAGGCUGAAGCACCAAGAAAAGUUCCACUUAGGUCCCUUUCCCUGUGAGAUCUGUGGUCGACAGUUUAAUGACACCGGCAACAGGAAGAGGCACAUAGAGUGCACACAUGGAGGCAAAAGAAAGUGGACCUGCUUUGUUUGUGGUAAAUCCGUGAGGGAACGAACCACUUUGAGAGAGCACUUGAGGAUCCACAGUGGGGAGAAGCCUCACCUGUGUAGUAUCUGUGGCCAGAGUUUCCGUCAUGGCAGCUCUUACAGGCUUCACCUGCGAGUCCACCAUGACGACAAGCGCUACGAGUGUGACGAAUGCGGGAAGACCUUCAUACGCCAUGAUCACCUGACCAAGCAUCAGAAAAUACACUCCGGUGAGAAGGCGCACCAAUGUGAAGAAUGUGGCAAGUGCUUCAGGCGCCACGACCACCUGACGGUCCACUACAAGAGCAUUCAUUUGGGGGAGAAAGUGUGGCAGAAGUAUAAAACCGCUGUGCAUCAGUGUGAGGUUUGCAAGAAAGAAUUUAAAGGAAAGUCCAGUCUGGAAAUGCACUUCAGGACCCACUCGGGCGAGAAGCCCCACAGGUGUCCAGAGUGCAACCAGACCUUUCGGAUCAAGAAGACCUUGACGAAGCACAUGGUGACUCACUCAGACGCGCGUCCUUUUAACUGCCCCCACUGCAGUGCCACCUUUAAAAGAAAGGACAAGCUCAAGUACCACGUGGACCACGUGCACAGCGCCCGCUUCAGCGAGCCGCCGCACGGCACCCUCGCUGAGGACAAAGCCGCCUCCAAUCCUUACGAGGAGCCGUCCAAGGCGUACAUCGCUGAAGCGAAGGCGGCCCUCCAGAGCAGCGCUUCUCCUGCCAACGUCACUUUAGUUCCGGUCCAGAUGGCGGGUGGAGCGCAGGUCGACCCGAACACUCUUAGGUCCUCGUCUCUCUCCUCCCAAACGCACGGCGGUGUGAGCAUGCAGGCUCAAGGACAGCAGCAGAACUCCGGCUACCAGGCGGCGACAGACCUGGCGUUCUUAGAAAAGUACACCCUCACCCCUCAGCCCGCCAACAUCGUCCACCCUGUGAGGCCCGAUCAGAUGCUGGACCCCCGAGAGCAGUCCUACCUGGGCACGCUGUUGGGACUGGAUUCAGCCUCCUCUGUGCAGAACAUCUCAAACUCUGACCUCACACACUGAUGCUGGGAAGCCACCGUCCAGCAGACACUUUUGAAUAAGAACAGAAGCAACAGUUUUCACCCCGAAAAUAUCCUCUCUUCAAUAGAGAGGACAAUUAUGCAACAUGGAAGACGAGCAUGGGAUAACCUCUUUGAUGUUGAGCCUGACCUCAGGAUAUUCACACCUGUCAACAAAAUAAAUAUAUUCAUGUAGUAUGUAAAAAAAGAAGAAAAGUGUGGAUUUUAAUGGGCGACUUUCUGUUGUAACUUUAGUAAAACGAUGAGAAUAUCACCACAACUCUCCCUGGAAAAAAGGUGUUGGAACAUUUUUGUAUCAAUAAUCUAAGAUGACAACUCGCAUCUAAAAAUGAAAAAUGAAUUUUUUCGUGGCUGAUGUCUAGUUCUCUGAGUUAUGGUGGCACACAAUAACUUGGGUUUUAUGUUUGUUGUGUGUUUCUUUUAACCCUUGUGUUGCCUUCGGGUCAAUUUGACCCGAUUCAAUGUUUCACCCUCCUGUCGCCUUCGGGUCAAUAUGACCCGAUUCAAUGUUUAACCCUCCUGUUACCUUUAUAUUUAAUAACAUAUUUUACCCUUGAGGUCAAUAUGACCCCAGCUAUUAAAAUCUCCAGAAAAUUAUUAGAAUUAAUAUUGUUUUCCAAGUUUAAGUGUGAGGUACUUUAUGUUUGUUUGUUGACUCCCGAAAGAACACCGACAUUAAACAUUGAAUCGGGUCAAAUUUACCCGAAGGCAACAGGAGGGUUAAAUAUUGAAUCGGGUCAAAAUGACCCGAAGGCAACACAAGGGUUAAGGAGACAAAGCUCUUCAGUUGAUUGAUGGAAAAGUAAUUUGUCAAUUUGGGCAAAUCAUUGGAGUAAUUUAUACAGUAAAAAUAGCUUUGUUGUUUGUAACUUCUUGAUCUUGGUUGUAGUAAUUUAUGAUAAACCAUCACUAUUUUUAAUAAAUUAAUUGGCUUAAUCGCUA